AUGCUAGAUAAUUAUGGCCACAGAACAGCCCACGCUGACCCUAGCGAUAUAGUUCAAGUUAGUGGUUUAACUACAGAACCGGAGUUAGGAGACAAGUUUUUAGUAGUAAACAGUGAAGACGUACAGCAAAAUAUAAAAAAAACCUUAGCCAAUUAUCAAGAAAAAAAAAGCCUCUCUCCUUUUUCUCUUACUGAGAAAAAUAUUAAUUUAAUUUUGUUGGCCGACAGUCAAAACGCUUUGGAGGCUUUACAAGAUUUAGUAAAAAAAAAGUCUACUCCUCACCUUAAUUUGACCAUAGUUUAUACGGCAAUUAGGAACUUAAAUAAUUUUAUAAUUAGUUUUGCCAAGGUUACUCACAGUAUUAUUUUAACUUUUGGUGGCCAAUUUAGUCAGGGACAAAUAACCACUCUCAAAGAAAACAAUCUCCCCUUUUAUGGUAGUAAAAUUAUCUAUGAGAUGGAAGAGGAAUUAGAGAAAAUAAUCAAGAGUCAGCAAACAACCCAGGAAGUAGAAAAAAUAGUGGGAGUAGCCCAAGUAAAAGAAAUAUUUUAUUAUUCCAAAAUAGGAAAUAUUGCUGGUUGCCAAGUAAUUAGUGGCAAUAUUAGUCGUAAUAAUUUUGUCCGAGUUUUCCACCAAGAAAAAGAAGUUUUUACCGGUAAUAUCCGUAGUUUACAGAGUAAUAAGGUGGAUAUUAAAGCCGCCGCCAGUGGUAAAGAAUGCGGAAUUGUUUUAAAAGGAUUUAAUGAUUUUCAGCCUAGAAAAAGAAUCUUUGUUAAUUCCGAGCAAGAUGUGGUGCGCUUUGUUAACAACUUAGCGGCAGAAAAUAUUGUCGAAAACAAAGAAGCCCGUCUUGUCCAAGCGGCUUUCAAUUUUGACGAAUUAAAAGUUAGUUCCGUAUUUACUCCCUUGUCCCGAGUAGUUUUUUUAAACAAGGAUACCACCUGGGAAGAAGUCCAAAAAAUUCACACUCGCCAUUUUUUUACUCGUUAUCCAAUUCUUGACCAAAAAAAAGUCCCCACCAAAAAUACUCGCCGCUCCCCUUCCACUGAGCAAGUAGUGGGAGUGUUUAACAUAGAGGACAAACUGGAUAAAGUUUUAGCCAAAUUACGCACUGCUAAUUGCCGCUUGGCUUUCGUGUGCGAAGGUAAAAAGUUCUUAGGAGUCAUUACUUUACAAGAUAUUUUGGGGGCUUUAGUCGGAAAAAUAAAAGAUGAAAGAGACCGCUUGCUCCCUGCUCUUAUUGACUACUCUGAUAAAAAAA